AUGUUAUCCUAUCAAUGGGAUAAUCAAAAAAUUGUAACAGAAGUUUAUCGGCGUCUUAGUGAAAAAAAGAUUCCACUAUGGAUGGAUAUACAAGGUGGAAUGAAAGGUCAUUUAAGUGAAAGUAUGGCAGCAGGAGUAGAAAAUGCAGUAGCUAUAUGUUGUUUUUUGACACCGAAAUAUCAAGAUAGUGUUGCAUGUAAAGAUGAAUUAACUUAUGCAAAAGAACAAGGUGUAUGUAUUAUUCCAAUACGUUUAAUAGCAAAUUGGAAACCAACAGGUUGGUUAGGUUUUACUAUAACAGGACAUAAAUGGAUUGAUUUUCGUGAUAUUGAUACAAAUAUGGAUUUAAGAAUUCAACAGUUAAUUAAUGAAAUUCGAAUGUUAGUUGGAAAUAAACUCGAUUGUUUUAAAGAUAUGGAACCAUUGGAUUUUGUGCAUGAUGAAGACGAAAAAGAAGAAGAGCAUAAUGAAGAACAUUCCUUUACUAUAAUCGACAAACAAGACUUUGAUCCAACUUCAUAUUAUCGUUUAACAACACAAUGGCAAGGCAAUAAUAAAUCUCUUGAUGUUGUCAAUGAUGGUAAAAAUAAUAAUCAACUUAUACUUGCUACAACUGGUAAUUAUAGUGGACAAUAUUGGAAGAUUACUCCAACUGAUAAUGGAUUUUAUCGUUUAACUACACAAUGGCAAGGGGACAAGAAAUCUCUUGAUGUUGUUAAUGAUGGAAAAAAUAAUAAUCGGCUUAUACUUGCUAAAACUGGUAAUUAUAGUGGACAAUCUUGGAGGAUUACAGCGACUGGUAAUGGAUUUUAUCGUUUAACUACACAAUGGCAAGGUGAUGAUAAAUCGCUUAGUAUUGUCAAAGAUGGUAAAAAUAAUAAUCAGCUUAUACUUGCUAAAACUAGUGAUUGUCAGGAACAAUAUUGGAAAAUAACAAAAGUGUGA